CAGAAACGUCCAAAUUUACUUUUAGAAUUAUUACAAAACGCAGGAAAACUAACGUCGUAAUUGUGGCAACACCGCGCACCUGCACACCUUAGCAAAUCCUAUAGGUAAGUUAAAAAGGUAGGAGAGAAACAAAACAGAAACGAGAAACACACUCGGCACGGCACACCUUGCUCUCUUCUCUAGUUUUUAGUUUUAGUUUCAGCCGAGUCGAAUCAUCAGUAGGCCGUGCAUUUAAACUAAUAAUUAAUUCUAACCUGUCAUUUAAUACUCGAAUUCGUUCCCACUGUUAUUACCUCUAAGUUAUUAUGUGCUCGUUUACGUGUAAAGGUAACUCGAUGUGAAAAAUAUGCCGUUAGAAAUGCGAAACAAAAUCGAGCGAUCCUGCGGUACUCUAAUGUGAUCGACGCCUACUCGAUCGGCGGUGGAAACUGUCUGUCAUUUUUCCAUGGAAAUUUCGCGAAUUUAUCGAUUAUCGCGCGUGGUGAAUCGUCCAUUCGUGAUGUAAUAGUGAUAAUAAUGUUGUUGUUGUUGAUGUUAUUGUGAUAAUGGCGGAAAUAAAGCCUUUGUAUUCGACCUGCGUGGCCGUUUUGGGAUUCAUUUGUUUCGUUGUCGGGGCAACGGCCGUUGGGAUUCCCAUGUGGGGUUAUUUUAAUGUUCCUCACGCACCCUCCUAUUCAGAUGAGGAAGGAGGCUAUUUCGGCCCUUGGAAAACCUGUAAAUACUUGCUGUACAAUAGGGAAAGAUGCGGGGAAGGGCAAGCUAGAUUUAGACCCUCAAUUGUCGUUUGGGUGGCAGGCCUGAUAGCGUGCCUGGGCGUCUCAAUUUUGGGCGUUUUUUGUAUACUAAGCGUCCUCCAAUUAGCCAUGUUGAAUUCCAGGGAUCAAGUAGUUCUUAAAUAUAGCAUAGUCGUAAUUACCAAAGUUGGCCUUGGAUUGUUAUCAGCUCUAUUAGCAAUCGCAGCAGCGGGAGUAUUCGCAUUGCAAAUCGACGACAGGGAACACAACGGUUUCGUAUUAUCCCGAGGCCCCGCCUUUUACAUACAGAUUCUGUUGAUAAUUUUAAAUGGCGCGCUAUUCGUGAUGGCCCUGUAUGACAUGUUCUUCGCUCGAAGAGAAGGCGGCGACCCGACCACUGUCUCAGUUCCCGUCGAGGCCACCUCAUACGGGAAUCCCGGAUUCCGGGAGUCCCAGACUAACGGGAAAGGCCGGAGCGGGAUCUCCAUGACGGACGCCAGCGGGAAACCCUACACCUCCAACGGCAGUAUGGCUUCCAUGCAAACCACCUCCACCACGUUGGGCUCCACCAACGGCUCCACCGUGGCCUCUUCCAUCACCAGGUCCCCGCUCAGGUCCAGCCUGAAGAAGCCCAAGCCCAAAGAGGGGGCGGGGGGCGCGGCCGGCGGCCUCGGUAUCCAGAAUCCCGGAUUCUCCGGCACCUCGCCUACUAUGACGAGGCACGGCAGCCAGAAGAAGGUCAGGAUACAGACUCACAGCACUGAAGUGUAAGUACUUACAGAGGGCGCUUUUGUGUACUGUAACGUAAAGUACGCUGUACACUUAAUGUGAAACCGGUGGAUCUGGCGAGAUAUUUUGAGAGUUCGAAAAAAAGACUUAAAUCAUUCCAAGUUUAGUGUUCAUUCCGAUUAAUUAGGGGUAUAUCGUUCGAAUCAAAUCGAUUUAAUUAAUUAUCUACACGCAAUUUUCGUAAUUAUUGUUGUUGAUGUUUAAAUUGUUCAUGUGCAUUUAUAAAAAUCAUCACAAAUUAUAUUAAUGUUUAUGUGGAAUUUAUGGAUAUUUCAAAAUGAAAAAACUUCCGGAAAUUUCAUAGAAAUUUUUGGAAAGUGAGAAAUGAGAAAUGAUCUGGAAAUCGAGUACCUGCGAAUGUUGGGUUGUUUUUUUUUAAUAGGACUUUAAGAAGGCAAUUUUAAAAAUUUUAAAUUUAGACGUUUAAUUUGUUAUUCGAAUGUUAAUUUUAUGUUGUACUUAUAGGUAAAAAUUAGUCCAUUUGCAAUCGAUCGUAGUACAAAAUCUGAUCCAAUCUGUGCGCUUAUUAUGCGCUAAAUAUGCUCUCUAUAUUUACUCGGAAUUUAUACGAAUUAUGCGCUAAUUACGCGCUCUUUUCUAUCGGCAUUUUUUUUUAUUUAAAAUGUUUAUAAAAACCUAGCGCAUAAUUAAUUCAUAAUUAGAGCAUAAUGAGCGUAUAAUUCUAAAAAGAUAUGGGCCAGACAAACAUAACAUGAAAUGCUGUUUUAUAUGGUAAACAUUUCUGAGAUAAUAAGAGAGAUUCUUUAUAUA